ACAAAGUCUGAGCGGCCCGGGGAAUCGGGUACAUUCCCAAGCGGCACCUGGCGCGAGGUUGCUGCGAACGGUGAGAUCGGUCCCCGGAGCCUAGGAACCUCUCUAUGAGUUCUGCAAAAUCAAGGAACAUGAUAAGGAAUUGGCUGCUUAUUUUUAUCCUUUUCCCCCUGAAGCUUGUAGAGAAAUGUGAAUCAACUGUCAGCUUCACCGUGCCUCCUGUUGUGAAACUGGAAAAUGGCAGUUCAACCAACGUCAGCAUCACCCUGGGGCAACCAUUAAAUGCAACCUUGGUGAUCACUUUUGAAAUCACAUUUCAUUCAAAAAAUAUUACUAUCCUUGAACUCCCUGAUGAAGUUGAAGUGCCUCCCGGAGUGACAAAUUCCUCUUUUCAAGUGACUUCUCAAAAUGUUGGACAAGUGACUGUUUAUCUGCAUGGAAAUCAUUCCAAUGCAACCAGCCCAAGGAUACGCUUCUUGGUCAUCCGCAGCAACACCAUUAGCAUCAUAAACCAGGUGAUUGGGUGGAUCUACUUUGUGGCCUGGUCCAUCUCCUUCUACCCUCAGGUGAUCAAGAACUGGAGGCGGAAGAGUGUCAUUGGUCUGAGCUUCGAUUUUGUGGCCCUGAACCUGAUGGGCUUUGUGGCCUACAGCGUGUUCAACAUCGGCCUCCUGUGGAUACCCUACAUCAAGGAACAGUUUUUCAUCAAAUAUCCCAAUGGUGUGAACCCUGUGGACAGUAAUGACGUCUUCUUCAGCCUGCACGCAGUUGCCCUUACCCUGAUUGUCAUCAUGCAGUGCUGCCUGUAUGAGCGAGGCAGCCAGCGUGUGUCACAGCCCGCCAUCGGCUUCCUGGUACUCUCGUGGCUCUUCGCCUUCAUCACCAUGAUUGUGGCUGCAGCUGGGGCAACCACAUGGCUGCAAUUUCUCUUCUGUUUCUCCUACAUCAAGCUCGCUGUCACACUGGUCAAGUAUUUUCCACAGGCCUACAUGAACUUUUACUACAAAAGCACUGCGGGCUGGAGCAUUGGCAAUGUGCUCCUGGACUUCAUAGGGGGCAGCUUCAGCCUCCUCCAGAUGUUCCUCCAGUCCUACAAUAAUGACCAAUGGACAUUGAUCUUCGGAGACCCAACCAAGUUUGGACUUGGCGUCUUCUCCAUCUUCUUUGAUGUUGUCUUCUUCAUUCAGCACUUCUGUUUGUACAGAAAGAGACCAGGGCUUCAGGCAGCACACACAGGUCCUGACAGCCAUCUCGGGUGGAACUGGGUGCAGAACUUGCAGCUGAACGCCUUUCCCCAAACAACCAAUGUUUCUGGGAGCACCUCAAAGGGCUGACCUUGCAGCCAGGAGAGCCAAGGGCACUUUGCUGCCACUGCUGUGUUCCUAGAGACCAAGUAGCUGGGUGCUGUGACCAGUGGACUCAAAGGUGCUGGUGCUGGUGGCGGAGGGGCAAGGAUUUGGGGGUUAGGCCUUGGGGUCCUUUGUCUGAAGGUCCCCAAGACUCUCAUUCUACAUAACUCAGAUUCCGCAACAGCAGUACAGAUGGCCCCGGCCAGGGCCUGGUGAAGAGGAUUUCUGAACCUUGAGAUGCCUGCCAGAUCCAUUCUGAAGUGAACUGAUGCCCAAUGUCCUCUGGAACUUUAUCAUACAAAGUCAGAUACCACACUAACUCCAUUCAGGUUUUUUGAAGGGAUGUUAUGGAAGUGGCAUACUUUCUUUUGUCCUCUCUCCUACCUCCACUUUUUGAGUCAGAUAGGGCUCCAUCUGAACCCACAGUGCUCCUAACCCAGCACCUGUACAACAGGACACACUCUACCGGCCUGUGCCUUAGAGGCCUGUCAGACCUACCAAGUGGUAAGCAUAUUUCCCCCAAGGGGAGGGCAGGCCCCCUUCCCUGAGACCUCCAAUUUGGGGGCUUCAAAGUAAUUGAUACUAUCUCACGCAAUGUUUGUGGGCAUAAUCUUAAUCUCAAACCUCCUUCCCUCCCACCCCAACCUAUUGUCCUUCCUAGGGCAGGAAGGGAGGGUCCCAGGAUGUGCCUUGAGUUUGCUGGCCCACACAUUUUUUACUACAAGGCCAAUGUAAGCGGCCUAUAUCCUUUUUGUUUUCACGGUGCUUGUAUCCUUAAUUAAAA